CUCCCUGUCACAUGGUUAGCUGAGUGCUCAGUGGGAGAAGUGGCGCGGUUACCCAUAGCAACCAAUCGGGUCUCUGCUUUCAUUUUCCAAUGCGCCUCUGAGACAUUAGAGCGGGGAUCUGAUUGGCUGCUCACGAGGCAUGCUGGGAGUUGUAGUUUAUCCUCACCUGGAGAGGCAGAGGCUGUAGAUGGCUGCCCUGGGAGUGAGGAUGAAUGGCGAGGCUGACGGGGAGGUCGAUUACAAGAGGAAGUACAAGAACCUUAAGCGCAAGCUCAAGUUCCUCGUCUACGAGCAAGAAUGUUUCCAGGAGGAGCUACGGAGGGCCCAGAGGAAGCUGCUGAAAGUCUCCAGAGAUAAGAGCUUCCUACUGGACAGAAUCCUUCAGUAUGAGAACGUUGACGACGACUCGUCAGAUUCUGAUAUGACGGCGUCUUCAGACAACAGUGACACAGAGGGAGGACGUGAUGUUGGCACCCCCACUGCCAGGAGGAAGAGCAGUCCAUCUGCCGGUCCGGCCUCCCCUCCCCCAUCCUCCUCAUCAGGCCUGUCCCUGCACGCGUCUGGGGGCCCCUACCUUAGCGCAAUGAGCUCACCCCCCUACACCCCGUUCCCCUCGGAAUAUCUGGCUCCUAUCCCCAACUCCACGUCCCCCAAACCCGAGCGAGUCAAGAGAGACAGAAAGAACCGCGGGGUUAAGCCCAGGAAACCUAAGAUGGCCCUCGGCUCGCCCUCUGGGGUCCUGCCCUUCAGUUCCCGAUCAUCCAGCCUUCCGCCGCUGUCCUCCUCAAGCAAGCACGCCCCACCCCCGCCCAUCCUCAGCACGGUGCCACAGCAGAUGUUCAGCGAUGGCGGGGAGGGCAGCGGAGAAGAGGGGCCCCUGGAUGGAGAUGAGGAGGAUGACCUGGUCAUAGACAUCCCUGAGUAAGGCCUGAACCUGCCGGCACGACCUGCACGGCUUCGAGGAGGGACUCCCAUCAUCUUUGCGGACUCCAGACUGUCUCAUUUUAUAAGAUUUCCUCAGCCGGACGUUGACGAGGAUCCAGUGACUGUACCGAUCACGCGGGUGCAUUGCAUUGUGGGAGAUGUAGUGUUAAUAUUGAGAACUGUAUGGGGGGGUGGACUGGCCAUAGACCCUACAGGGAAAUCUCUGGGCGGCCUGAUCCCUCCUCGCGGGUACAUAACGACCUGUUGCUCCAGCGUUAAUUAAUGUAGGAGCAUCGGGCUCUUAUGUACCUGACCGCAGGGGCCCUCCCGAAUUCAUCUGCAGGACAUUAACGCGGUUGUAUACUGUGGUGAGGGCGGAGGUAUUUGGUUCUGCGGGGGCGGUAUUUUGUUCUGCACUAUGGUAUUGCUUGUGUUGUCCCAUCUACUGUCAGUUUGGACCUACCUACAACAUGGGGCCACUUUUUUUUUUCCGGGACCAUUUGAAGUUCCCAGUCUGUCCCUGGUGUAAUGGCUCCAGUAGAUCUCAUAGAUCUCCUGCAGAGCACGCCCGCUGACCCGAAUUACACCCUUCACCUCCUGCAGCACAGCAGAGCACGCCCACUGACCCGGUCACAGGACGGGUGGGAGUCCCGAGUGAGUUGCAUUGUGGGAAAUGGACGAUGAAGCCCUACAUCUCUCGCAGUGCAGCAGAGCAUGCCCGGCGCACUCGCUCAGCCACCUCCUGCGCAGUGCAGUCUUCCAGACCUUGGUGCUGGAUGUUGUUUUUUUUAACCUGAUUUGUGAAUUAAUUGACUGUCUGAAAAUGGAGUUGUGGCCCCCGGGGUUACACUUUCCAGCAGACGUGACGCUUGUUUACAAGGAGCCCGGAGGAGCCGCCCGCGACGGCGUUCUUCUGCCUCCGAUUUAUUUACAAUGAAUCUUUUUUCACUUUCGGUGCUGUGCAUCCUGAAGUGAAGCUUGUAGCACCACCUGGUGGUGGCAUGAGGGCACUGCGAUUAAAUCCUGCACAAA